GACCUCAGUCCUAAUCAUCAAGCCAGUUUCGCACCGCCAGUGUUCUUUCAAAGAUCAUUUCAGAUCUGAUUCACAUUCACACUGGCGUGUCCUGGUAAUGUUAUUGAGCGUAGCAGGAAGCUGGAGUACCUGGACAUAUAUCUCAGUUGGGACAGUCGAGUAGACGUAGCUGUAGCGAGACGUAGACCAUGGCAUCAGCUCGGACAACACAACGGGCAUCUCACGUUGUGUCUGGGAUGGUGGUGGUGCUGGUUCUCUGUUGGCAGGAGUGUGUCACACAACACGCACAUAUAGCUGUCCAGUCGUCUUGCAAGCCUGAAAAUAACUCCAAGGCCACAAACACGUGCAUCGAACAAGGAAUGCACAUUUUAAUCAUAAAUGACUUAAAACUGGCCAGUCGUUUUGCAAUAGAAGCCGAAGCAAAGCAUGGAUCGAUAUGGAUUAGUGGUUAUCCAGAGGAGUGUAAAAUUCUAAAGAACGGGACAUUCACCGCGGCGAGCUGCGGCGAACAACACUAUUAUCUUUGCAUACGUAAAGCCACAAUGGAAGAAGAACUGUUGAAGAAUGACACACGUACCUGGCCCAUCUAUGUCCCGUGUCAAAGAAAAGAAACUUCAGUGUCACCUAUGUCGUCAACAGCUCCAGGGAUGUCAGAGACAACGGCGACGACAAACACAACAAGUCGCUCUGAUCCUAGAUCUAAAGGACUCUCAACUACAGCCGUUUACCUGAUCGUCGCAGUGGCUGUCUGUGUCAUUGUGGUCUGUGUCGUCGCGGCUGUCGUCAUCAAACGUUGCACAGCGAAGAAAGAAGAAAAUGUUACCCUGAAGAACGUCGAUGUGGUUCGUCAGAAGAACGAAGGAGAGGCUCUGACAGAAAACGGUGGCAACAAUGACGACACCCCUAUGUAACACUCACGAGACUCAGCUUGAUGCCAAUUCCUGGAGAAACGUGAAAAUAGGAACUGCAAUCUGUUGCUGUUCAAAUAAGGUGUUUUAUUAUGAUUAAACCCAACAAAGACCCGGUGUCCGUAAAAAGAACAUGUAUAAAAUAUACACCAUUAUGUGUACGAUUACGAAUAUGUACGAUUAAGUCUCUUUUCCAUGAAUGUUUCCAAAUCUGGAAUGUCAUUGAACUUGAUUGCCUUCAAUUGCUUUGGGUUUGCCUUAGUUUGUUUGGGACAUUUCUCAUUUCAUCAGAUUGCCUUGGACUCCUAUGGGUGACAGGACCGAAUUGGCAGUGCAUAUAUGUGAUCUGGGGUUGCCUUUGAUUGUUUUCGAAUUUCUUUAUGUGGUUUGGGUCGUGGCGUUAGAUUGCCUUGAACUGCUUUGGACGACUGCAAUGGCUUGCUUUGGGUCGUUUUAUUUUUAAUUGAUACGGGAUUGUACUUCAUUGUCAAGGUCACGGCAACAGAUUGCUGGGAAUGUGUUAAGUGAAAUGCUUCUAUUUGCUUUAGAACAUUGUAUCUCUUUGCUUCGAAUUGCUUUGGGAUUGGCUCCAAUACUUUGGAUCAUUUUUGUCCUUGUCCCUUGAAUUGCUUUUGGUGACUUUCGAGUUUUUGGGUCAUUGUAUCGGAUUGCAAUUGUUUUGUCUUCGAUUGUUAGCGUCAGAUUACCUUGAACCGUUCUGGGCAACUGCAGCGGAUUGCCUGUAUUGGCUAUGGAUUAUUGCAUAUGACUGUAGAGGGGUUGGCAAUUAUUGUUGGAGUACUUUCACCAGCUUGUCAUGAAGUGCGUUGGGUUGCAACUGAUUGGGUCAUUGCAUCAGAUUACCUUAACUGCUUUAGGUGACCGUAUCGAUUUGCCUUGGAUUGCCUUGGAUCAUCUGUGCCUUGAAUUGCCUUCUGUUGUCUGAGUGAUUCCAUCAUGUGACCAUGUAUUGAUUUUGACUCGCCUUUCAUUGUUUGGGCAAUUACAUCCGAUUGCCUUGAAUUGCUUUGGGGGCCUUCUAUUGUUUGGGGGAUUCUAUUGUCUGUUGUCUAGAAUUAAGUUUGAUAUUGUUUCAUUGUUUAGGUCAUCGCAUCAGAUUCCUAUCAGAUACGCUUCUAUUUCUUUGGUUUGCAUUCUAGUGUUUGGGUAGUUAUAUCAGAUCGCUUUGAAUUGUUUUGGGGUGCAUUCCAUGGUUUGGAUCCUUGCAUUGUUUUGGGCUGUAUUGGGCUGUAUUGGGCGGUAUUGUUUGACGGUAUUCUAAAACUUCAAUACUAAUGCAGCCUGGUAUACCCUGUUGUCUGUAUUAAUACAAACCAAAAUUGGGCUGAUAUUUGGGUUCUUAUUUUGUAAUUCAACAACGCAGUGUCUGACCGGGAGGUCGCGGAUAGAAUCGGAUGGUUGCAUCAGCACGGGUAGUGAUAAAUAUAGCAAUUGUAGUAGUUUUUUAGUUGAAAUUGCGUCAGCAGUAGCUGUAGUAGUAAUUGUAGUAGUAGUAGGUAUAGUAGAAGUAAUAACAGCAGUAGUAGCAGCAGCAGUAGUAGUUGCAGUAGUAGG